AUGCCAGCUGAAACUGCAGAGCGGUCGCGCCGCUUGUAUGCGAUACUUAGCAGUCUGCUGCAGCACAAGCCGAAGAUGUUGUUGCGACAAGUGCCGAACCGCAACGGCUAUGAGACUUGGCGGCAGCUGGUCAACAUCUACGCACCGCGAUCGAAAGUGCGAGGACUUGCACUGCUGAAUGCCAUCAUGUCAUUUCCCCCGUUUGUGAAAAGCAAAACGACCAGGGAGCAGGUUGACGGUUUGGAUCGCCUUGCCCAGGAGUAUGAAAGGGUCUCAGGAGUGGCUGUGAAUCCAGAUAUUCUCCUCGGGACUUUACUUCGGGUUUUGCCGGCGCACUUGAGAAACCACAUUCAGCUUCAGAUGAAAAGUGACACCAGCUAUGAGCAGGUCAAGCAGUUCAUUCUGACAUAUGAAGUGACGACCAGCAAUUGGUCGGCGUCCAAAGUGCAGCAAAGCUUAGGAAUAGGCCCCUCGGGUGACCAUAGUGCCAGUGAUCCCGUACCCAUGGAUGUAGAUAGGGUCGCUAAGGGGAAACCUAAAGGCGGCAAGGGCGAUGGUCGUGGAAAGGGUGGAAAAGACAAAGGUGGAAAGGGCGGCAAGCCCAAUGGCGGGAAACCGAAUCCCGGUGGCGGUGGAGGCAAGUCUCAGAAUGCCAACCAGCCGAAAGGCGGCAAAGGAAAGGGAGGCAAAGCACAGAAGGAGACGCGUAAGUGCCAUCACUGCCAUAAGGUUGGACAUCUUGCCAAGGAUUGUUGGCUGCUGCAUGGAAAAGGCAAAGGCAAAGGCGUGCAUCAGGUUGCAGAGGUGAACCCUUCAAGUGCAGCGAGCGAGGCACCCACCAUCACGACAUCAGGUGGAGCGGCCAGCACGAGUGGAACAGUGCGGCGAGUUCAGGUGUUUGACUUGAGUGCGCCCGCUGACUGGUUCAUUGGAGGGCAUGUUCGUGCUGUCACAUGUGCCAUGCAGUCAGCUCGGAAUCCCAAGGCAGUUCAGAGCCCAGCAGGUCCCAGUGGCCAGGUUGCGAUCGGCCAGGCGUGCAGCAGCGACAUUUUGUCACCAGAAUUUCUUGAGAUUGUCCGAAUGCUGGAAGGUUCAUGUUUGAACAGUGCAGAGCCAGUGCGCGUUCUUGAGAGUAGCGAUGCAGUCAGCUCGGAAUCCCGAGGCAGUUCAGUCCCAGCAGGUCCAUUUUAUUUUGAUCAGAGCACAGUGCCACAGGUGUCCCAGGCUGCGCCAGCAGCAGAUCAGAGCACAGUGCCACAGGUGUCCCAUUUUGACAUUUCGGCCGAUGAUGAUUCAGGAUCGUGGGAGCACGGAGUUUCUGUGCAUGAGCUCAGCACUCUCAAGCGCUUGGAGCCCAACAAAGGCUUUGUGUAUGCUGUUCAGACAAUCCAAGAGUUGCCCUCAGCUGACGAUGCCCUGGAUGUGAUUUUGGAUUCAGGUGCAGACAUGAGUUGCUUGCCUCUUGAGUAUGCACAACAUGGUUUCGACCACGGUCCUCACAACUUGCAACUGCGUGAUGCGCAAGGCGAGCCGCUUGCUGUGAACGACCUUCGUGAAGUUGAGUUUGUCGUUGAGAGCAGCACAGGGGAACAUGUGGUGUGGCGAGAAGUUUGUGCGAUCGCCCCAGUGACUCAGCCUCUCUUGUGCAAGGGCAAGCUCAUGAAAGCAGGUUGGUGGCCCGUCAGACAGCCAGACAUGGCUCUUGAGCAUGACAGCGGUGUGAGGGUUCCGAUUUCUUUCAAAGGAAAUUCCUUGUGCGUUCGAGCAAGCAUUUUCAGGGUUGGCCAAGAAUCCUUGAGUCCAGCAGGGCAUGUGAUGUUUGUCCAAGCAUCAGUUUGCAAUGAAAUGGCCGAUGCGAAUUUUGGAUGGCAAAUGUCAGGCACGGGAAACUUGUACUUUCGUGCCAGGAGCACUCACUACAUUGAUCCGUCGAUCAUUGCGCCAGUGGGGUGGCCCUGCAGAACCACUUUGGUCAAGCCGUGCACACCUGAUCAUAAUGCCUGGAUUUUGCUUGAGCAUUGCGUGCACUGGGGUGAGUUGCGAGAGCCUGCGGCCAUUUUGCCGCACGGAGAAAGUGAUGUAGUAUGCAUCCUCUCUUCGUCACGUGAAGAGUUGUCCGAGUUUGGAGUGGAACCUCACAGAUCAACGCAAGGGCACAUUGAUUGGUCUGGCCCGCAACCUGGAGACCCAGAUGCUGAUGAGCUUGCAGAUUACGAGCCUUCCGAAGCCGACAUGCAGGACACUUCUGCUCCACAGUUGGUGGAGGCGAUGCCAGGUGUGCCUCAGGUCCACAGGGAUGUGGAGGUGUUGCCAGAUGCCGAGGGCGUCACAGGCGAGGCGCCAGUGCCAGGAAGCAACAGUGACAUUCUUGUGUUUGAAGGCGUUGAGCUUUCCCUGCAGAGCACAUUGAGUGUGAUUCGUACGGCAUGCAAGUCGGCUGGGAUAUCCGUUUCAGGGAGCAAGCAGCGUUGCCUUGAUCGCUUGAGGGGUUACCUUGACAAGCAGCAAUUGGCCCUGAGUGCCGAAGUUGCUCAGACAGUCGGAGAUGACAGUACGCGUGAGCCGAAAGGGCAGUCCGUCACCAAGGCCCCAACAGAAGCCGAGAGGCAGUUGCAUGAGCUGACCCAUUGGCCAUUCCGGCCAUGGUGCGAUCACUGCAUGGCCAUGCGUGGUGUUGAGGACCGGCAUGAAUCACUGCCGGGGAGUGCCGACACUGAGGUCCCGAUCAUCAGCUUCGAUUAUGCCUUCACCAGUGUGUCAGGUGCCGAGGGCCAGGGCAAUGCAGCUAAGUUGACCGUUCUGGUUGCACAUGACACCAGCACCGGCAGUGUGCUAGGGCUUCCUGUUGCAAGCAAGGGGCGCGAGGAUCUGAAGUUCAGUGCAAUCGAGCUUACAAGGUUCGUGCAAGGCUUAGGCCAUAACAGCAUUUUCCUUUGCUGUGACAAUGAGCCCUCCACGUUGGCUCUUCAAAGUCUUGUGGUCAACGUUCGGACCAAGCUCGGGUUCAAAACCAUGAUCCGUGACGCGCCGGUGCACUCGCAUGCAUCAAAAGGCUAUGUGGAGAAGGCCAUAGACUUGGUAAGAGGUCUUUCCAAUGUCUUGCUUGAUCAGGUAAGAGUCAAGUACAACUUGAGUGCUGAAACCAUCAGUGCAGAUCACCCUUUGAUGGCAUGGAGCUAUGUGCACGCAAGUUACAUCUUGAACAGGUUCGGAGUGAAAGGCGGAGCAACUGCAUUCGAGCGUGCCACUGGUUACCGUUUUGCAUCCAAGCUCGCCUGCUUCGGAGAACCGGGCGUCUGGCUGACACGAUCCAUCAGACGCAAUGCCAAGCCUUGGUCGGAUGAAGUGAACUUGAUUUUGGAAGGAAAGGGUUUCCCUUGGAAUUACCAGUUGGGAGUUCUUGGAGCGAAAAUUUUCCCACAGCCACGCAAUCGUGUUCCAAAGCCGGCCGAGGACGCUGAUGAGGUGUUUGAACAGCAGCAGAGUGCGCAAGUUGAUGUGUCAGGUGCCAGAGGUGAUGAGGCACAGGCAGUUGCAUCAGGAAUGCCGAGUGUGGCGGGGAUGGCGGGGAUGCCUCCGCUUAGCAGCCAGCCACCGAACCCUGCACCAUCCUCCAGAGCCACAUUGCUUCUUGAUCGUCACGACAGAGGGAGUGCGAGUGUCCCAGGCAGUGUGCCAGCGAGUGUGAGACCUCCUCCUCCUGCGCAUGCUGCGGUGAAUGAGUCACCAAUGGAAGUCAUGGGGACCGACCCACCGACAUCCUCUGAUUCAUCUUCGUCUUCCUCUCCAGAAGCCUUGCCCACUCAGCCUGUGUUUGAUGACAGCACCAUGCUUGCUGAGGUGGUAGAAAGUGUUCGAGCAGGUGCCAGCACAGGUCGACAGGCUGAGGCAGAGCCAGAUGAGUCCCAUGCAGCAAAGUUUCAGCGGAUCGCCCGA